CUUCCUCGGUCAAAGGGCAUGACCGUAACUUUAUACGAAUCAGAAAAUGCACGAACCUUUUUCAAUGUCCGGAAGAUUCUGCGAAACGAUAAGAUCGUUCCUGCGAACCAAAGCCGGGGUCCAUUCUCCAGCUGGCCGCCAUCCGGAUUCCAGAAAGUUUCAGGCAAAGCACAAACGUUGUAUGGCCAUCAAAACACUUGGAGAGGAGGCUUCUUUGGAGCUGGUUCGAGAGUUGCUUAUCGCACUCUCUUACUCUGUACCAGAUAAAGUCCGAAACUCAGUUGCUGCAGAGAAUCUGAGCAGUGGCUACAGGGAUGUGGUGAUGAAUUCGGAUGGAGACGAUCAGCUUAGGCUGGAUUUGAUCUCAAUCUCCGACACCCCAUCUCCAGACAUCAGUGGGUAAGUUUGGCAGUCAUGGCCAUGAGAGUUUGCUAAGAUAUAAUACAUUUGUUGCAUGAUUCUUGUUGAUAAACCAUCAGUCCUUGUGUUUGUAAUAUGAUGGAAACAUGAUUUAAUUACAAAGUCAUGAUCAAAUUCUCUUUAACGUGUGCUUCUGAAGAUGUCAGCCCAGAGAAAGGCAACUAUAUCUGUACACUAUUCUUGUGGAAGUGAAUAGUUUUCUCUAUGUUUACUCAA